AAAAUAAAAAAGAAAAGGUACCCUCUCGUUCAAAUGUGAAAGAUGAACGACCCGUAAUAUGACUCGAAGGUCGUCUUUAUCGAAUGGAUUAUCGAAUGGAAUCAGGCAAGAACAGCAGCAGAAGCAGCAGCUUGUAAUGGGUGGGCAGUUUCAAAUUGAUAUAAAAUUUGACCUACUUUGGUUUUCCUGUAAACAGAUAAAUAGAGGAAACCCUCUUGGCCUGUUGUUCAAAAAUCAAAAUUCUAUGAUGGAAAGAUCAAAGAGGGACCUAAAGAGAGAUAGAAAGAGAAUCGAAUCUGGCAAGAACAGCAGCAACAGCAGCAAUUUGGAUUCGAGCUCUCUGACGAUAGGUGAGCGGCUGUGCGCAGUGGUCAUACCGUUUAUUGUCUUAAUUGAAGUUGUGGUAUCCACUGCAAGUUGUUGUUUCGACAUCCGUCCACCGAGAAAGUUUCGCAUCAAAACUCCUGACAUUGCUGAACUCGCCAAGGGUUCUCCAUUUACGAUUAACGAAGUGGAAGCACUGUACGAGCUGUUCAAGAAGCUGAGUAGCUCCAUCAUUGACGAUGGCUUAAUACACAAGGAAGAGCUCCGACUGGCAUUAUUCAAGACUCCAUCUGGAGAGAAUCUUUUCUUAGAUAGGGUUUUUGAUAUUUUCGAUGAAAAGAGAAAUGGUGUUAUUGAUUUUGAUGAAUUUGUCCAUGCACUCAGUGUCUUCCAUCCUUAUGCUCCUUUGGAGGACAAAAUUGAUUGUAAGGUUGCAUUUAGGCUUUAUGAUCUGAGACAAACAGGGUAUAUUGAACGGGAAGAAGUUAAGCAGAUGGUAAUUGCUAUUUUGUCGGAGUCUGAAGUGCAUCUGUCAGAUGAACUUGUAGAAGCAAUCAUUGAUAAGACUUUUGCAGAUGCUGAUGCUGACAUGGAUGGUAAAAUCAACAAAGAGGAAUGGAAAGCUUUUGUUAUUCGAAAUCCCAACCUUUUGAAGAACAUGACUCUUCCAUAUUUGAGGGACAUCACCACAGUAUUUCCAAGUUUUGUUUUCAACACUGUGGUUGAGGAUUGAAUUGGAAUUUGCUUGCUCAAGACUAUCAAAGAGAUUCUGGGAACUUCAGGUCCAUUAAGACCACUUAGCGAUGUCAUCGAAGCUGAAUCUUUCCUUCCAAAAGGUUUGUGAUGUGUGUUGAAGCUAUACUAAUCAUCUUUGCGGCUGGUUGAGGUGUUGGUUCUGCAGCAUGUGAAACCAGAAUUGUUGGUCAAUUAAAUUCCUUAUCUUAGUUGUUGAAGGCCCUGCCACGGAUAAAUAUUUGGCCUAUUUCAUACUCGUUGAUUUAAUCCAUCUUAUGUUGUAACAGAGAUUAUUAUUGCUGAUUAUGAAUUCCUUGCUCAUAAA